GUAUGAUGGCAACCCUAAUCUAAAUAGCCAUCCUUAUUUUGUUGUCUUUCAAAAACCCUACUAAAUUUUAGUUCAUUCAGUGAUUUUUAUUAGUGGUUUCAAUAAUGGCCAAUAUAUCAGCCAAACGAAUUAAGAGAGAAUUCAAAGAAAUCAUGAAAAGUGAAGAGGUGGCCGGAGGUGCGAUCACACUGGAGCUGGUGAACAACAGCUGGACGGAGCUACACGGCACCAUCGCCGGGCCGCUCGACACGCCGUACGAGGGCGGCACCUUCCAUCUAGAAAUCAAAGUGCCUGAGACUUACCCAUUCAAUCCGCCCAAGAUACGUUUCAUCACAAAAAUCUGGCAUCCUAACGUAUCGUCCGUCACCGGCGCAAUCUGCUUAGACAUCCUGAAAGACCAGUGGGCCGCCGCGCUCACACUCCGCACCGUCCUCCUAUCCAUACAAGUACUGUUGUCCGCUGCAGAGCCCAACGACCCACAGGACGCGGUCGUCGCAAAACAAUACCUAGAGAACCAACACCUCUUCAAUGUCACCGCGAGACAUUGGACCAACAUCUACGCCGGCGGGCCCACCGCCAUUCACGACUGCAACCAGAAAAUACAAGUCCUCCUAGAUAUGGGUAUAAACGAGGAUCAGGCUAGGGUAGCGCUUUCCACCUAUGAUUGGAAUCUCGAAAGAGCGACGGAACAGAUAUUUAGUUAGUGAGGUCCUUUAAGUUGUGUAAGGUCAGAUGGGGAACGAAAGUCGAGUCUAGUGCUUUCUAUGAUUAGAUUAAUCGCUAUGCUCUAUGCACAGCUAUGCUCAUUUAUGUAACUGGUCAGUGUCCUAAAGGUGAGAAUCAUCAAGAUUUAUAACGCCUUAGUCCGUUAUAUUAAAGAUCUAUUGAUCGUACUAGGUCAGUAGUAGUGACAAUUAGCUUCAUGCACGAAAUUUCAUGCAUUCAAAAAACCUUUACGUGUUUUAGGACUCAUUUGUCUAACUAACUAACUAUUGUGGCGCAGCGAUCCAAAGAGGAGGGUCUGGGCCUCCAAAACGAGAGAACGCCACCUGUCCCGAUCCUGUGCCACUUCCUGCCAGACCAGUCGGUCAUCCCAAAUAAGCUCUCUUGACACCCCGAUCCUCACCCAUCCUCAGUAAAUGGCCGAACCAGCGAAGUCUGUGGCAUUUUGUUUCGCCGAUGAUAUUGGGUUCGGCCACUAACUCCUCGAUUUCGGCAUUCUUACAACGUGAUAAGUUAUUACUAAACUUAACCACAGAACCAAACACCUGUCUUUCCUGUUCCCGUUUUGAACUCAAAUUUCUGAUUCGGCACAAACCGCACAUAGUUUCGGCAUGUGCCUAUAUUAAUAUCAAUAGGGUGACUGCUAUAGUUUUUGGCUCCUCCAUAGUAAUUGGCCACUCCAUAGUAAGGCAGAAAGAAACAAGGUAAUAGAAGUCUUAAGAGUAGCCAAUUACUAUGGAGGAACCAAUAAUUAUAGUAGUCACGCUAACACUCCCAUCGGGUGCUGGAAAUACAACGUUAUUUUUAGUAUGUCUCGAGUGCUACGUUGCUCCUCUGUAUGGCCCAAAUGAAAAAAGAUAGAUUAUAAUAUAACACUUUCAAUUCUCGGAUUUAGUACACAUGUUAUUAUCAUAGUGUUAGUUCCGUUUAAAUCACUAAAAGGAAGAUGAUUUAGAAUAGUUCGAUCAGAUCAAAUAGGUAUUUAAGGUAAAAAAAGGAACAGUCGAUCUCGGGUUAUCUUUAGUUUAAUGCAUUAAUAUACUGAUAUUUUAAAUUCAACUCUCUCGGCAUCACUAUCGGCAGCUUUUCCUUAAUUUCCUUUUUUGGUGAUAAUUUAUCAGUUUUAUCACUGAUUAAUUACAUAAAAAUGUUAUUAAAACAUUUAUUUUUCAAUAUCGUAAAUUGCAGGUUUUAGUGCUGCAAAAGUAUAUUUUAUUUUAUCUUUAUAUUUUUUUUUAUAUUAAUAAAUUCAUUAUAGAAUCUAGCUAGAACAAUUACGCCACUAUUUUUUAUGAACUUGACCAAUAAGGUUGACGAAUAUUUUAAUGAACUCAAAUCAAUUAUUUGAAUUCCACUUUAUUCAGCCGUAAAGUGAGAACGAUGAAAUACGAGUCACUCACUGAACCUCACUAAAGUCAGCGAGUGCGAGCGAAAUGUCCAUCUUAACAAUUUUCGACUCGAGUUACACGUUUAUUUUGGCUAUACCCUUCUAAGGUCCGGGGUCCUGGCUAUAAGUACUCAUUUUAUGAAUUUUAAAUCAUAUUAAAUGGGAACAGAGUUGCAUUUGUUUUGUUUCGUUCAUUUUUCAAACAAAACGAAAUCAACUAUAUUUCCUACACUAUAGGUUCCAUAUUCAGGAGCAUAUGUCUGGGCUAGGAGGAUACAAUAAUCGUUAUGCUCUGACAAGGACCUUAGCGGCUGCCCUAUCUUUAUAUAUUUCUCUCUUCCCCUCUGUUUUUCAUACCCCACCUGACCUUAACAUGAAAUUCACAAGUAAUUUUUUGUAAUGCUUAGCAUUCGGUUAAUGUUAUUAUAUUAUAAUUUAGGUACAAUAUAGUACUAGAUGGUUGGGUUUACGGUGCUGUCCGAGUCGUGGGCUGGCUUCCUCUUCACACAUGUAGGGUAUGAGCGAGACAACAACAUUGCAACUCUUAUAUUUCGUUUUUAUCAAUAUGUAUUAGUUAGGUGUUUGCAGCGUAUAACAUAUUCAGUGCGCAGUGUGCACUUACGUUAAUCCAUGAUACACUUGUGCAUCAUGCCGCAGUGAAUGUGUUUAUGAUUAGAUAGAGGAAUAUGUUAACCCUGCCACUGCCAGCGUCGCGGACUAACACCUUGUACUUCUAAAGACACGAUGACACGACAAAAGGGAUAAGAUUCGGCGUCUGGACACAUCAAUGUCCCGUGGCAGUGAUAAUGAUAAGUAGACUACGGAUGCGUAAAUUUCGGAAUGUUUCCAAGAAAUUGGAAAAUUUUCGAACAUUUCAGGAAAAAUUUCAAAGGAAAUUUAUUUUGUAAAUUAAAUAUUUGGAUUCCUAUAUAAAAAUAUGAACAGGUUCCAACAUUGUGGAAACGUUCCGACGAUACAUCAGUAAAGUAGACAGUAUAUUUGUCCCCAAUAUGUUGUCUUGUGCAUUGUCUAUGUUCACAUGUUGGCUGGUUACACACGACCCGUACAGAUGCUUUCUAUUUUUUUGAAUACCACGCUGCGGUAGCUGCUAUUUCUUAUUUUUUUUAUUUUGUUUAAAUAUUCGUAUCUCGUGUUGAUUUUUUACGAAGGUAAUAAAUAUAUACCAGAAUCCCAUAAUUCCUUCAAAAGUAAACCAACGAGUAGAGUUUUAUUACUUGUCACAAGCCUAUCUAGGUUGAGCCAGAGUUGUGUUAUUGAUUACUUGAAGUUAAUUGAAUGGAUUAAGAUAAUCAGUGAAUUAAUACUAGCAAAUCCAUUAUACACUUUGAACAAGUGUCGGUUGGUUCGCGUGCAACCAGCUUGUACGUUUGUGUAUUAGCACUCUUAUAAAUGUAUAAAUUGAUUUACUAUAAAAUUAUAGUUAAAUUUGAUUUGAGUUUAAUUAUAAGCGGACAUAUUAGUUAAAAACAAUUCAUUCAUGUUAUCCAAAAUAAAAAUGACUAAAUAAUUGAAGUACACAAUUUUCUUUUCAUUACAUUAUUUUAAAAUUUUU